CUUUAUAGAAAUGGUUCGACCCUCUCUCGUCGUGCAUAUGGCCAAGCGAGUGCCCCUCAUCCAAUUCCGCAAGGGCGGCGGUGGAGCGGCGGCUGGCGCCCAGUCCGCAAACCAGCAGGCAAGUUCCAAGCCAGCGGAAGGCAAAAAGUUGGCUGGCGGUCCCGCCAUCGAGGAUUACGAAUUGCCGGCCCGCUUUGCACGCAAGCCCAUCGACCCGGAGGAGGCGGAGUACAUCAACAACGGUGGACCGCCGAAAUAAGCAACUAGUGUCCCCCGCUUGUAUAAUAAAAUUGUGUUGAAACUCAUAUUGUCACUGCUGAAUUAGCAAUCGCCACCCACCAUCAUAUAUCACCCAUGUUUAGUGUUAAUUAUUCAAAACAGAAUUAAACUACAACAAAAUCGA